GGGGUAGUAGAAUAUUUAUAUUAAAUGAAAUAUUAAGUAGCUCAGUUUUUAGAUUCGUUUGUGUAGAAUAAAAUAUGGCUUGGUAUAAGAAAGUGACUAUAGAAGUUCCAGUGGUAUUGUGUUUUUUCAGCAUGCUGCUAGUAUCUUCCAUUACAACAAACUUCAUCUACUAUAGAACUUGUUACACAAUUUUGGGUAACAACGAAACAGAUUGCAGAAAUUUAGGCAAGGUAACUGAAAAAGGAGAAACCAGUGAGUUGGAAGUUAAAGUUCAAAAAGCUGCCAAUAUUAUUGUAAUGGUUACAGAACUACCUCCAGCACUUAUUCCUGUAUUUAUAAAUAUGCUUGCUGGAGCGUGGUCGGAUAUCAACGGAAGAAAACCAGUAUUAUUAAUGGUUAUGGGAGGACAAAUGUUAAGUUUUAUGGUAUUUGGAAUAUUGAUAUUUUUCCGAAAUUUAACCCCGUGGGCGUUUUUAUCUGCUUCGAUUCCUUCAAUGUUUACUGGAGGAUUUACAACAUAUUUUACAAUAACUUUGGCGUACCUUAAUGAUAUAUCCACGGCAGAAACGAGAGGAAUACGAAUGGCUACUUAUGAAUCAGUAAUGAUUAUUGGCACCUUCCUAGGAACAUUUUGUAGUUCUUACCUGCUAUAUGCAACUAGUUACGAGACUUGUUACUUAUUAGCAGCUGGACUGUUUAGUCUAGGAAUACUUUAUGUAAUAUUUCUUUUACCUGAAUCGUUACCUUUAAAGAUUCGAGAAGUCAAAGGGAAAACAUUCCAAGGAGCCUUCAACUUCAGGUUAAUUACUGAUAAUUUUAAAACAGCAUUCAAAAAACGAACAAAUAACAACAGGAUCGUAUUACUUCUUAUCAUAAUCAUAUUCACCCUGAUAUUUUUUGUUGUACAAGGUGAAAGAGCUGUCAAGUUCCCUUUUGUUAGAGAAAAACUACAGUGGACUUUACAACAAAAUAACACUUAUUCAAGCAUAAGUUUAGCUUUGCACAUGUUGAUAGCUAUAAUCGGUAUAUAUUUUUUGCACCAUAAGCUGAAGAUUCGAGGUACUAUAUUAGGACUAACAGGAUUAAUAUCACUUGCUUUAACCAGUUUGCUCUUGGGUUUCACAGUCAGUAAUGCUUAUAUGUAUGCAGCUUUACUAAUCGGCUCAUGUAAUGGUUUUACAAUACCAAUGUUGCGAACUGAAAUAGGUCAUGUAAUUCCCGCGGAUGAAAUGGGAAAAGUAUUUGGUGUGAUUUCGGCACUCCAAGGGUUAAUUACCUUUGGAGCUGCUUCACUUUAUACUCUCUUUUAUAAUGCAACAAUUGGUAUCAAUACUGCUCUCUAUAACUUUAUAUCGUUUGGAGUAUAUACGACAGCAGUUUUUCUUGUUCUGAUAAUUAUUAUAUUGAAGAAACGACAAUCAAUACAGGAAAUUUUUAACACCAAUGCUCCAUUCCCAGCGGAACAAGAAUAAAUUAAAUUUCUUAUCUGAUAUUUCUUUUACAUAUUAUAUACAAACAUCUAGUGAAACUAGAUGCAGUUGCCUAGGUGUUGAAUUAAAACAUACGUUUACGUUUAAGAUUCUAACUUGCCUGUAUCUGGUAGAGAUGUAAUUAUAUGCCUCACUCACCGUCAAAAUCUGCGAAAUGCAGUACAUAUAGUACAUAUAAUAAUUGUUUUUACUGAUUAAAAACGUUAUUUUUGUAAAAAAAUUGACUGAAAAAAACACUGACUAAAACUGAAGGACUGAAGGGAUUGACCAAGUGGAUUUAAAUGAUAGUUUGAUCAAUUGGUUUAAGAGUGAUUGGUUCAUGAAUUCUAGAAAUAAAAAUAUUGCCGUAUCUUGUAUUUCUCUAAUCAAGAAAAAGCGUUAGAUGUAGCCGGAAAUAAAAAAAAUGACUUCUGACGCUUCAAAUGGACGACCGAAAAAAUUUUGUUAAAUUAAAUGAACGAACGAAAUAUUGAUGUUCAUCUGGAAAUUGUUGAGACAUAAGAGAAAUGUUACACAUAAUAUUAAAAUACUACCCACCAAAAGAUUUCUACUAAUUUUUGUUUUCGAAUAUUUUGUGCUUGAAAUAGCGAUUAUUUUACCCAAAGCUCGAAUAGUUUCGAGCUUCGAGCAAAAAAUAUUAAUUUGGUUUAUAAAAUUUCAACACGACUGAAAAUAAUAUUUUAACCAUCACAGAUUCACUUAGCGCAAUUCAUGGAAAUAAUCAACUUUUCCCUAGAUAUCCUAUUACACAACAUAUAACAAAUGAACUUAAUGCACUACACCAUAUAAAUAAAAAGGUUACAUUUAUCUGGAUACGAUAGUCCAUGAAUCAUAUAAUAAAUUUAUGGCAAGCAACCUGGGACGCAACAGACUCUAAAUUGAAAACAAUAAAGCCUCGAGUAGACGCCAGCCUACCACAACAAGGAAAAAGAAGAGAUCAAAUAAUCGUAAAUCGUCUUCGAAUCGGCCAACAAUACUAACACACCAACAACUUCUAAAUAAAGAACCAGCUCCGAUUUGUCCCUACUGCUCUACUCAACUCACCGUGAAGCAUCUGAUAAUCGACUGUCCGCAGUUCCAACCUCAGAGAACAUGCCGAGGAAUUACUGGAAAGCUGAGAAGUGCGCUUACGAGAAAUAUCUCGGAUUUAUUUCAGUUUCUAAAAGACAUAAACAUUUAUAAUAAACUUUAAUUUAUCAAACUUUACUACUGUGUAUGUCCCCCCACUAAUAACCCUUGGUGGUUGAUGUAGGUUCUCUAUGUUUAAAUAAUAAAAAAAAUCAACAUGAUAUAUAAAAUAAAAAUAAAUAAAACACGCAGAAUAAAUUCAUAACAAUUUAUGUUCGAUAUACGUAAAAUUGAUAAUUCUUGAUAGCUCAUGAAUCAAACCGUUUGUGUGCCACAAAUGUCCAAAAUGUGAAUGUGGUCACUUUUUAAACGUCAAUAACUAAAAUCAAUUGAACUUACAUAUGGGAUAUGAUGCACGCAAUCUAUUAAAUAUCGAAAUUAACCAUAUUUUUCCAUAAUCGAUCGAUUUAGUUCCCGAAGGUCCCACCCUGUAUAGCUAAAAAUAAAUGUUAUUUAAAAUAUAUUUGUUAUUUUAAUAAAUUAUACAAUUUUAA